UGGUUAAUUUAAGCAUAAAAUAGCAUCUUCAGGAAACCAGGAAAUAGCAUCUAGGAUGAACUAGUACUGUCUGUAUUUUCUCAUCUUGGAUUGGACGAUCAAAGUUUAAAAUAUGUGGCUGAGAAAACCUUUGGGAGUGGCAUACAAAACGCCGUCUUUUACGCCGUCGGGAAAGUCACAGAACGCGCUGGAAGUGCCUGUAGGCGUUCGAUGCGGCGUUCAAUAACUAGAAAAACGUCGUUUUUUACGGCGUUCUGGAAGACUUCAUGAAGACGGUGUGCAAUGCGGCGUUCUGAAGGGAUUUUCGCCGCUUUUUUCGGCGUUUUAAGUUUAAAGACGGCGAUUAAGACGCCGUUAAAUAACGAAACGCGCACAAAAGUGGGCAAAUUGUGAUCCCUAAGACUUGAGAUACCCUGUCACCUCAGCGUGCGCUCAGCCUCGCGAGCACAUGGCUGGGUGUUGUUGCGCCGAAGAGCCACGUGAGCACCGAAAGCCGCCUCCUAUUGGCUCGAGUGGGAGCCGAGAAAAAACACACACACGCACACACCCUGCAGCUGCGGAUGAGCGGAUUUCAUGCUCUCCUAGACACGGAGACAGAGACACGGAGAGGAGUUGACGCCCAGCCCGGAAUACCUAUCACUCAGAGCGGCGGUCAGAGGGAGCGGAGCCCAGUAAAGAGACCCGCAUGGAGCAGAGGAGCGUGUUUCCGGUGUGGCGGGGCAUCGGGGCCGGCAGCAGUAUCCGGUGGACCCAGGGCUGGGAGCGCUACUUAAAAUGGGAGCUGGCCAGUCGGGAGCAAGGGAUCCGAAUCCCCAUUUUGGACUACCCAGUCUGGUUGAUCCUCUGCCGCCAGGGCCACACCCGGCUCAGGGAGGUGUGUCAGAGAGGGAGGGGCGUCAUCAGACUGCCUACAGUCAAACUUUCCCGACUCUUUGACAUCAAUGAGGUUCCCAAGGUAUUCAGAGAGGACAGCAUCAUCUCUGGAUAUCGUCACCCUCAGAGCUCCGCGCUGGACUGCAUCCUCAGCAGCUUCCACAUGAAUAACGAAACCAUCAACAUCUGGACCCACUUCCUGCCAACAUGGUAUUUUUUGUGGCGUUUCUGCGCUCUCUGCACCACCAUGAACUUCCUGAACGACAGCUACGCCUGGCCCCUGCUGGUGUACAUGCUGCUCAUCUGUAUUUACCCCUUCACCUCCAGCUGUGCACACACCUUCAGCACCAUGUCCCCAGAAUCCCGCCACAUCUGCUACUUCUUUGACUACGGAGCCCUCAGCCUCUAUAGCCUCGGUUGUGCCAUCAGCUAUGGAUACUACGUGAUGCCAGACUGCUGGUUGAACACUUGGCUCCAUCAGUACUUUGUUCUUAUUGCCAUUGGGAACACUUUGUUCUGCACCAGCAUGUCUUGUUAUUCCAGAUUCGUAGAGCUGCAGUUCCCCAAGAGAAGUAAAGCCCUUCGAACGGGCGCGUUUGUCGUCCCGUUCAUAUUUGACACAGUUCCUUUGUUUUACAGGAUACUUCUGUGUUUUUGGGGAGGCUGCAGCUCCAGCGACGCCCUGUCCAACCACUGCUACCACCUUUUUUUCGCCUUUCUCACUGGUUUCCUGUUUACCGCCCACCUACCGGAGAGGCUGGCCCCUGGGCGUUUCGACUACAUCGGCCAUAGCCAUCAGCUCUUUCACGUCAGCGCCGUGGUGGGAACCCACUUCCAGAUGGAAGGCAUCAUAGCGGACAUGUUGUCGCGGAGGGCGUGGCUCCAGACCCACGGGCUGAUGCCAUCCUUCUUUGGGACCAUCGGGGCACUCGUCGUCAGCCUCGCUCUCAACUUGGGCCUCAUCGGCCUUUUCAGCGUGCCGCUGCUACCGAACGCUCUCCAAGCCUCAGGCCAGCAGCAGACCUCAACUUGCGACAGCAAGGAGCAGUAAGGGAGCACCCCCCCAAAAAAUCACUUUCCAAAGGAAAGGUUUUCUGUUUGUCAGCUCGAAGUAGUGCUGGUUUAACAAUUGUUCUCAUUCGGAAGAGUUUGUAUUCCAUUUUCUAACAUUGUUCCGCCGCUCCGGGGUUUGUGUGAAAACUCGGAGGCUGAGGACCCAGACAGGUUAGCUACGUUUUUACGUUUGGGUUGAAGGAAGCUUCCUGUCAUGAAGCUAAAACCUCAGACUAUUGAUGAUUUGUUCUAAAGUCUUUCUUCCUAACUGGACUCACUGGUCGGUCGUUGGAAAGCAGCACAGACAAAUAUCACCCAGCUCCACGUAAAAUAAUGCAGAUUGGAUUGGCAGCUCUUAAACAUCCGCCUAUUGAUUCCACUCCGCGCUGACAGGAAUUGAUUUUCAGAACCGUAUAUUUUUUCUUUCUUUUUUUUUUGUCUGAUUGCCUGCCUCAUUAUGAGCCACACAAUCCGCCCUCAACAGGGGAGUGGAAGAAAACGUUAGUGAGGCGGUGAUUAAAAGACAGGUACCACUUUUAUAACCUUAAGUUCCCAUGGCAACGGUGGAGCGGCCAGGAAACUCGUUUUGAACAUGAGAAUCUCAACAGGCAGGAAAAUUAAAGCAGAACUGGAGAAAUUGGAUUUUAUAGACUUUUCUUUUUUUAUCGGUUAUACAUUGGUGAGAUGGGAAGAGAAGGAAAACUGGGAAUAAUUUAAUCAUAAUUUAGGGUCCUGUUAACAUUUAUGAUGUUUUUGACUCAUUUACAUCCAUACUUUUUUGUCUUGUGUGAACUUUGUUCACAUUAACCAUCGGACGAGUAGCUGUAUUUAUCAUAUUUUUUAUUUAUUGCUCAUUUUAGGUGAAGAGAAGGCGAGUUUUAUAUAUAUAUAUAUAUAUAUAUAUAUAUAUAUAUAUAUAUAUAUAUAUAUAUAAAAUUUUUGUAUUUUAUGAGACAUAACCACUUAACUGCACAAAACUUCCAUCUUCUAAGCUAUUUUUACCUAAUUGUGUUCUGUAAAACAAGUAAAAAUGGCAAAUAUAUUAAACAUUCUCAAGUAUUUCUAUAGCAAAAACCCUUAAUACUAUAAUAAAUACAGCAAAAUAGUUCAUUUCUGCAAAAACCUAUAAAAUAAACAAUAAUCUACUUAUUUUGAGACAUUCUUAGAAACAAAAAGAAGUUAAUUAGACAUCAAAUCUCAGACUAACUGGAACUGGAGAAUUAAUAGCAGCGUGUUGUAGCUGAAAGUUUCUAAAAUCUUGGUUUUACUCGACAAGCAGGUUGGCAUUCGUGUUAAACAUACAAGCACUGUUUUCCUCCUGGAACACUAGCUUACUUGUGCACGAGCAGCUAACACACACACACACACACACACACACGCACACUAAUCUGGUUGGUCGAGCCAUUAAAUCUGAGGGAAAAAGUACGUGAAAGAAAGGAAAUGAGGAGUGUUUCAGGUCUGAGGCGGAUGCUGAAGUGUUGGACUAAUAAUGAAUGAACAACACACACACACACACACACACACACACACACACACACACACACACACACACACACACACACACACACACACACACACACACACACUUUUGAAUUCUUAUUGUUUUCUGCGUACAAACCAGAAGUAGCUUUAUCCUUCAGAAGAGCAUCUCUACCAUCAGCUGUUAUCCUCUCCAUCCAAGCAUUCCUCAGUUUGACCCUGCUGAUUAAUGGAAUUCCAGCAUUCCUGAUGUAUUUCUGGGGGACACAGCUUUUAGCAUAAUUUUUUUGUUGCUGCCGUUUAUUCUUUCCUCCCUUGUUUGCAGCGGUUUGACAGCUCUGUCGUACCGAUCUAAAAUCCUCCAAACUGCAUUAUUUUUGACCCGAACAUCAAACCUGGUAAAGCUCUUCAGACCUGGCGUCUGUUACAGAAAAACUCCUGGAUUCUCAGAGAAACUCACCUUUUUGCAAUAAUAAUAUUAUCAUUGUUCUAGUUUUUUUUUAUUGUAUUGGAGGAUGUCUAAUAAAGUGGAACAGAGAGUAAAGAUGAGCAGGACUUAAAAAAGCAGUCUUUAGUGCCUUAAUGUUUUACAAAAACCUUUUUUAUGUUUGUUUAAAAAACAAAGUAUUCUUAAACUGUAUAAAUGUUUGUUUGCUGUGUAUAAUUUGUAAUUUGACAUGUUCUACUCAUUUUGUGUAAUAAAUUAAAGCUUUUAUGAAAACAA